UCGACAUUCAGUGCGAGUGUGUGUGUAUUUGUUUGUCUUCACAAAUUAAAAGAAAUCAUGUAUUUUUAGUAUACACAAUUUACAACAAAAAAAACCACAUGCACACACCAAUAGUGUUUUGAAGUUCAUCAAAUCGCCUUUCGGAGGAUCCGCAAGCCAAUUUACAAUAACAUAAAAAAACGAAAUGUGUGUCGCUAUCGAAAUAAAUUAUCGGUCAUUAGAAAAUUGAAGGAGAAAAAAACGACAAAUGUUGACUUAAAAUUCGAUUGUGAAAUGUGUAAAUUUCUGAAAUCGCCAAUAAAACUUUAAGUCUGUGCGUGUGUUUUUUUCGCACGGUCAAAAAUCGUAUCAAUGGAAAAAUAGCGAACGGUGUAUGUGUAUCUCUUUGUGUUUGUGUGUGUGAUGAGAGAAAACGAACGAAAAAGAAAUGGAAAAAAUCAACACAUUCGUAGAUUUCAAGCAGUUAAUCUAAUUUUGAUUUUAAAGCUAAUUCGUUUGGAUUUGAUCAACAACGACCAUAAAAUUUGCUCAUAGAAACCACAAGCAACCGGAGAAACAAAAAAUUCAUUGGAAAUUAGUGCAAUUAAACAGAUUACGUGUAGUAAAUUAUAAUUCAUUACCUUCGCUGGACAAUCACUGUUGUGUAUCGUAUUACAACAGAUGAAAAUACAAAUUAGAAAAUACAAAGUAGCAUCGAGUUUGUCGAAAAUAGCCUUUGGCUUGUUCUUUGAUUGUUCGUUGUUGUGUGUAUAUGUGAUUUUUUCUCUCUUUCCCUCUCCCCGUUUCUGACGUAUCAUCGAGAGCGUAUGCACCGUGUGUUAUUUGAAAAAAAAAAAAAAAACAUGUCUCUGGUGUUGUUCGCGGUCACAAAUCGGUAAAUGUGUCUAUGUGUAUUGGUGUGUCUAUGAAGUGUAUUUGAUCACAUACGGGAAUGCAUUUGUUGGCCAUUUAUCGGGCGACACAACAAAUGUGAAGAAAAAAGUAACUUGCUGUACUAUCUUCGAUCGCUAAGGAAUAUCCAGUUACAUGGAGACUUUGUUGUUGAUGUCGUUGCCGUUGCCGUCGUCAUUGUCCACGCUACCUUUUUUAUUAUUUGCUCAUUUUUUAUUACUAUUCAAACUCAUCAAAUACAAGAACCAUUCAACGUGAUCCAAUGUGGUGUGCAUAGAAGUCAAUUGUAUUACCAAAUAACAUCAACAAUUCAACACAACACAAUACAUAAAAGAAAUCGUAUAUACUGAAAGUGUUUCAUCGCUCUGUAAUAACCGAAUUUAACCAUAACCGAACAAUAUCUCAAUCAUCUAAACGGAAAAAAAAUUAACAUCGACAGUUCGUGUCGUCGUCGACGUAUUCCAGUAGUUUAGUGUUUUAUAAUAAAAUAAAAGAAAAGGCAUAAAGAAAGAACGAAAGAAAAAUAUCCACGAAAAAAAAAAUAACGUUAUUUAGAAAGGAACAAAAGGAAGGCGAAAAGUUUCGAGCAAAUUAACCAUACAAAAAGAAAAAAGAAAACACAGAACAAAAAAACAGAAGAAAAACAACAACAUUGUGCACACAAAAUGCCGAAAUGUAGCCUGAAAACGAGAUACAUACCAGCCACAUUCGCAUGGCUUUUACUGCUUGGAACCACAGUCGCCUUUUUCUAUUAUCCAUGUCAAUAUUAUAUACGUCAUUAUCUAUGGGUACCUGCAUAUCAAGGCGUGUUGACGUUUUUUGUCAUCGCAAAUUUUACGCUGGCCACAUUCAUGGACCCGGGUGUUAUCCCGAAAGCACCACCUGAUGAGGAUAAAGAGGAUGAAUUUCGAUUUCCAUUGUACAAAAAUGCCGAAAUCAAUGGCAUUACGGUGCGAAUGAAGUGGUGUGUAACGUGCAAAUUUUAUCGACCGCCACGCUGUUCACACUGUUCGGUGUGCAAUCAUUGCAUUGAGACUUUUGAUCAUCACUGUCCAUGGGUGAACAAUUGCAUUGGUCGGCGAAACUACCGAUUCUUCUUCUUUUUUCUGAUAUCGCUGUCCAUUCAUAUGAUGAGCACCUUUGUACUAUGUUUGUUUUAUGUUUUACAUCAUAAAAAACAAUUAACCGAACCAGCAUCAAUUGUAGCCAUUGUUUUAAUUGCCAUCGUAGUUGUGUUAGCCAUUCCAAUAUUCGGUCUAACUGGUUUUCAUAUGGUGUUGGUGUCGCGGGGGCGAACAACAAACGAACAAGUGACUGGCAAGUUCAAAGGUGGUUACAAUCCAUUCUCACGGGGAUGUUGGCAUAAUUGCUGCUACACGCAAUUUGGUCCACAGUAUCCAAGUUUGAUGAAACCGCAAAAAUAUGCAGCAUGUCGAUCAACGAAAGAAAAUCAAGCAAUUAGCAUUAUAACAAAUGACGACCAACAGAGACACACCGGCAACAAUGCGGUUCAGCAUUCAGGUAUUUAUGAGGUUGACCAAUCGACUCAAGUGAAAACGUAUACAGACCAUGGGAACGGCUAUGGUCAACGAUCCGGCGGCACUACUCAUUACAGCAAGCUUUCACCCGGUCGUGAAUGCUCUGACACAGAUAUGGAUCCACAGGGUACUCAAAGCCAAGAUUGUGAGCCAACGCCACCGUUGCAACGGCAUAAUUCAAACUUUUAUCUACCUCCGAUCGAAGGCGAAUCACCGCGUCACGUUCGAAUGUAUCACGCACGUCAUAGUCCACAUGCCAGACAAAGGGGCCUAGAUGUAACGCGCGGAUACAAUCCAGAUGCACUGUCACCUGAUCAAAUGAUGAGCGGACCGAAUGUAAACCAACCGGGUGCAGCUAUUCGAAUGACCUCGGCAACACCGACCAUGCAACAACGUAUCAAAGCAUUAGGGGUCGCAACCCCGAUUGCAAUGUCUAGUCCUGUUCGAAGAUCAAAUCCAGGAACGCCGACUCAACCGAGACGACCUGAUUUCAUAGGUGUUAGCAAUUCCAAUCAAAUGCCAAAUAAUCUGAUGAAUGCUCACCAACAACAACAACAACAGCAGCAACAUCAACAGCAGCACCAGCAACAACAACAAAUGAUGUACUCGCAUUCGUUAGGUAAACAGCAUGAAAAUCAAAUUCCCGGUGUGCAUGUGAAUCGUCAACAGCACGUUCAAAAUCAGUCAGUUUAUGGCAGUCCACAACGAAAAUUCCUAUCGGAAGGUGAAUUGGUGCGACAAGGUGCCGAAUUGUCAUAUGCACGAUCAAAUAAUACAGUAGAUAAUAUAAGAGAAUUAGCGAGCAGUCCACAGCAUGGUGGGCAUUAUAUGUGGAAAGACAAUUCGCCCGGUUAUAAUAAUGGACAACCGUCACAAUUCCCCGGCGUACCACAAAAUCAACUAAAUAACAUGAAUAUGCAUCACGAAUACAUGCGAGCCGCACAACAACUGCCACCGCCCGGUCAUAUGGUGACGCAACAACAGCACUACGUACCAAAUAACAUGCAACACGAUUACAGUGUUGGUCGUCAUCGAUCGAAUCCGACUAGUCCGACACAACAACAACUACACGGGAAUGUUGCCAACAAUAUUCAACGAUUCAAUCAAGUGCCGAUCACUACAACAGCUGGUGGUUAUCAUCCUGCAUUGAGAGGCGGUGUACCUGUAUUUCCACCACAACCCCAACCAUCUCCGCAGGGCAAACGAAAAGCAACACCAACGCGUCCAAUUUCGUUUGUUCGGGCACUGGAAAUGGCCGAUUCAAUGGAAAUGCAAGCAAUGCAAGCAAACGAUCAUAAAUCAAAUGCUACUAUUAAAAACAACGGCAUGAUUGGUUCAAGUGCAAUAAAUAAUCAACAACAAUCGAAUACUCAAAAAUCCACCACAACAACGCCAGAUCGAGCGAGUGUUUAUGAUGUAAACUAUGAAAUCUCCGUAUAGUCUUUGAAUCGAUGUCCAAAUUAAAUAGAAUAAACAAUUUUUUUGAACAAAAUAUAUAAACAAACACACACGAAUAUAAGAAGAAAAAAAAACACAUAGAAUUUAUUGAAAAGAAAAAAAAGAGUCUGUAUGUGAAUUAUAAACAAAAAAAAAGAUUAAAUGUUUUAAAUGGAAUCCAAUUCAAUCUCGUGAUCGUCAUAUAGCAAAUAACUACACUUUCUAUACAUCGCAUAAAUCAAUCACAUUGAAAACCAACCAACCCGACCACAAUCAAUUGAGAUCAAAAUAUGCCGAUUCGAAUCCAAGACACACCAUCCAAGACUUCAUGCAUUAUACUCAUCACCUUCCAAUGUCGACACACUCCGAACAAAAGUCUUCAGCUGUCAUUUAGAUUAAGUGGAUAUAUGUAAAAUAAUAAGCGUAAAAUGCAAACAAACGCUCUUUGUCCGAAGAUACGCCAAUCCAAAUAGAACAUAAUCAAUGUAUAAAACUAAUCUGGAUAAAUGUGAAAUAUGAGAUACUAACCAAAUCCAAUCAGAAAAAGGAGAAGAACAGAGAAUACAAAACAUGAUAAUAGAGAAACAUA